AUGGCAAAGGGGUUUUAUGUCAGCAAGCUCAUAGCAUUUGUUGCCAUCUUAUUCUCUGUGGCUGCUGUGGCUACAAUAAUAGCUCUUGCAGUUGUUUUUUCACAAGAAAAAGCCAAGAAUAAUGAGAACGAACAGUCACCUGUAGCAACAAGUCCAACCACUACACAUUCAACGGUUGGCAUUGGUUCUACAUUGUCUCCUGCAACCGCUACAGAUUCAACGGUUGGCACUGGUUCUACAUUGUCUCCUGCAACCAAUACAGAUUCAACGGUUGGCACAGGUUCUACAUUGUCUCCUGCAACCAAUACAGAUUCAACGGUUGGCACAGGUUCUACAUUGUCUCCUGCAACCACUAGCCCUGUGGGUAAUGAACCUUGGCACAAACUUAGACUUCCAACAUCGCUGGUACCACAUCACUAUGAUAUUGAGCUGCAACCUUACCUAGAUAAGAAUCCAGAAGGACUCUACAUCUUUGAAGGCAAAAGCACUGUCUUUUUCUUGUGCAACGAGACCACCAAACUUGUAGUUAUUCACAGCAACAAACUCAAUUAUACCACACAGUCUGGGCAUCACGCUGUCCUUAAAAAUGAAGAAACUGGCUCAAAUGUCCCUUUAACAAGGACUUUUCUUGAGGUGCCAACACAAUAUUUGGUUGUAGAGGUGGCUGAAAACUUGCAGCCUGGCAAACAGUACUCUCUUCACACUGUGUUUCAAGGGGAGCUGGCAGAUGACCUGGCUGGAUUCUACAGGAGCGAAUACGUGGAAGAUGGUAAAACAAAGAUCAUCGCUACAACCCAGAUGCAGGCUCCUGAUGCAAGGAAAGCUUUCCCCUGCUUUGAUGAGCCAGCAAUGAAAGCCACCUUCAAUAUCACCUUGUUACACAAGUCAGAAUAUAAGGCAAUAUCAAACAUGCUACCGCCGGGCCCUUUGCGGGGCAUGCCCCAAGAAGGUGAAUGGAAUAUUACAGUUUUUGCAGAAACGCCAAAGAUGUCCACAUAUCUCUUGGCUUUUAUAGUUUCUGACUUUAGCUUUGUUGAAGCUCCUGGGAAUGGCAGUCAGGUUCAGAUCUGGGGACGCAAAAAGAUUAUUAAUGAACAAGGGCAGUAUGCUCUAAAUGUCACAAGGCCAAUUCUGGAAUUCUUUGAGAAAUAUUAUAGAACCCCAUAUCCACUGCCAAAAUCAGAUCAGAUAGCGCUACCAGACUUCAGUGCGGGCGCUAUGGAGAACUGGGGUCUGGUGACAUACAGGGAAACUGCACUGCUUUAUGAUCCUGCUGUAUCAUCCAUUGGCAACAAGGAGAGAGUGGUCACAGUGAUAGCCCAUGAACUUGCCCAUAUGUGGUUUGGAAACCUUGUGACUAUAAGGUGGUGGAAUGACCUCUGGCUGAAUGAAGGGUUUGCUUCCUAUGUAGAAUACUUGGGAGCUGACUACGCGGAACCCACUUGGAACAUAAAAGACUUGACUGUGCUAUAUGAUGUCCAUAGAGUAAUGGCGAUUGACGCUUUGACUUCAUCGCACCCUCUCACAUCAAGAGAAGAUGAAGUGAACACUCCAAAUGAAAUAAAUCAAAUGUUUGAUUCUAUCGCUUACAGCAAGGGGGCUUCAGUUAUUCGGAUGUUGUCUCAUUUCCUCACAGAGGACAUAUUUGUUGAAGGACUGGAAACUUACUUGAAAGCUUUCUCGUAUGAUAACACUGUGUACAGUGAUCUGUGGUUUCAUUUGCAAAAGGCUGUGGAAAAACACCCUAGCGUUACCCUGCCAGGAAGAGUCAGCGACAUCAUGGACACAUGGGUGUUACAGAUGGGCUUCCCAGUGGUUACAAUAGAUACAACAACUGGAAACAUAAACCAGACACAUUUCCUUUUAGAUCCAGAUGCAGUUGUUACUCGUCCAUCACCUUAUAAUUACACAUGGAAAGUGCCAAUUUCAUAUCAGACAAAUACUUCCCUUACAAAAAAUACGUGGCUUCUAAACGCUGAAGACACAAAUAAUGAAUUCAAAACUAGUGAAUAUAACUGGCUUCUAGCAAACAUCAACGUAACAGGGUACUACAGGGUUAAUUAUGAUGACGGAAAUUGGGAAAAGCUUCUAAAGGCGCUACAGGAUAACACAGAUGCAAUUCCCCUAAUUAACCGGGCCCAGAUAAUUGAUGAUUCCUUUAAUUUGGCAAGGGCAAAAUAUAUAAACACCACCAGAGCACUGGAUACAACAAAAUUUCUUUCAAAGGAAGUGGAAUACAUGCCCUGGCAGGCAGCUCUGGGGAGCUUAAGCUACUUUGUACAGAUGUUUGAUCGCACAGAGGUUUAUGGGCCUAUGAAGCAAUACAUGGCAAAACAAGUCCUUCCAUUGUUUGAGUAUUUUAAAAAUAAAACAAAGGACUGGAAAGAGAUACCAGAACCACUAACUGAGCAAUACAAUGAAAUCAAUGCAAUUAGCACUGCUUGUACAUAUGGCAUUGCAGAAUGUGGAGCGUUAGCUUCCAGAUUGCUAAAUGACUGGAUGAACAAUAGUACCUAUAACCCAAUUCAUCCAAACUUGAGAACAACCAUCUACUGCAAUGGAGUAGCCCAAGGGGGAGAAAAAGAAUGGGAUUUUAUAUGGAAUCAGUUCAAAAGCACAGAUAAUGCCCAAGAAGCAGAUAAGCUCAGGGCAGCUCUGACCUGCAGCAGGGAACCAUGGAUUCUAACCAGGUUGUUAGAGUAUUCUUUAGAUCCAACAAAGAUUCGUAGACAAGACACAGUUUCCACAAUUACUAAUGUUGCCAAUAAUGUGCUUGGUCAGAGCUUUGCCUGGGACUUUGUGAGAGCUAAAUGGAAGACAUUCUUUGAUAAUUUUGGUACAUCCUCUUUUUCUUUCGGUAACUUGAUUACAGGUGUAACACGGAGAUUCUCCACUGAGUUUGAUCUUCAUCAAUUGCUACAAUUUAAAGAAGACAACCAGGAUGUUGGUUUUGGAACAGCUGCACGAACACUGGAACAAGCCAUAGAGAGAACCAAAGCUAACAUCAGAUGGGUGAAUGAGAACAAGGAACCGGUGCAACAGUGGUUCAAGGAUGCAGUAAAAUAG